AUGGCCUCCGGUUCAUCUAGAGCAAGGGAAGAGGGAGAAGAAAGAACCCACCACACUGUCCCACAGCAUCCUGACUCCCUGGGCUCCAACCCCACCAGCUGCGGAGGUGGCAUGGCCCGAUCUUGGCCAGAGCGAGGAAGGCUUGGAGAUACCGAGGCAGUCAGCCACCGAAGUCGGCUCAGGAAAGGGAAUUUCCAGCCAAAAUUGCAUUUGGAGCAUUUGGAGGAGAAGCUGAAGCUCUUGGAGCUGGAAGGAGGUGGGGAGGAGAAGGAGCACCUCUGCUACUGGCGCAAGAGGAUGGUCACCUUCAAGGGUGGUGCAAAAGCAUCUGGUUCCAGCCCUGAUGGACCAAGGGCUCGUGGAGGUCCCACUACAGCCCACGUAGAGGAAUCUGCCCAGGAGGACAAGGAGCAAAUACGUGGUGACCUGGAGAAGCUCAAGAAACUAAGGGAAGAGAUUUUGGGAAUGAAAAGGAGCGGAGAGAGGCGGUGCCAGGACUGUUUGACGCAGACGGAGGUGGAGAGGCAGAAGGUUGUGUCCGAAUUUCGGCACCUGCGCCGGUUUCUGAAGGACCAAGAGCUUGUCCUCCUGGCUCAGCUGGGAGAGCUGGAGAGGGAGAUGAUGAGGAGGCAGGAGGAAGAGGACACCAAGAUGUUGGGGGAGAUUUCACUCCUCGAUGUCCUGAUCUGCCAGAUGGAGGAGAAGCUUGAGCAACCUGCGAGCAGAUUCCUGCAGGAUGCCCGGAGUGCUGUGGACAGGUGGGAAAUGGGCAGCGCUCGGAGGAUGGUGGAGACCUUCUCGGACCUGGAGCAGAGGCUCCGUGUCAUUUCUUGCCAAAACGAUGUCCUCAGAGAGACGUUGGGGAGACUUCAAGACAUUCUGCCAUCCGAACUGGAGAAAGAGCAAGGACCGUCUCUAGGAGGAGAUGGAAAAGCAUUCGUGACUCUGGACCCUGACACCGCCAACGCCCGGCUCCUCCUGUCCCGGGACCGGCGGGGGGUGAGAUGGACGGAUGCUGGGCAAGAUCUACCCCCCACCCCUCAACGAUUCGAUGCUUCCUGCUGUGUCUUGGGCUAUCGGGGCUUCACCACGGGGAGACACUGCUGGGAGGUGGAGGUGGCCGCAGGCAGGACCUGGGCGCUGGGGGUGGCCCGACGUUCCGUCCCUAGGAAGGGUUGGCUUGAGUUUCAACCAGAGAAGGGGAUCUGGGCCAUGGGGCGGUGGGGGGAUCGGUACCGCGUCUUCGCUUCCCCCAUCACCACCUUCCCCACCACUGGUGAAACUGGGAGGGUACGGGUGGCUUUGGACUAUGGAGGGGGGCAAGUGGCAUUUUACCUGGCUGAGCAUGACCCCCCUGUCUUUACGUUCCAAAAGGUCUCAUUUGGUGGGGAGAGUGUCUUCCCUUUCUUCUGGGUGGGGAGAGGCUCCCACCUCCGUCUCUGCCCGUGA